AUGGCCCGCCUCCUGCACCCCAAGACGGCUUCGAGCACGCGUAUAACGGACGAGGGAUGGCUGACACCGACCCGCUCUCGCCCUUCCUCAUCGUCUCCGCCGCGACCCGCGACACCCAAUCCCACCAGAUCCGCCCCAUUCCCCGCAUCCCGCCGCCAUCCAACACCUGAUCCAGCUCCGCCGUCAGCAGAUCUACAGUUUGAUGGGUCGCAGAGGGCGCCGCAGCCUUGCCUCACCACCCCCGAGCUCGCCCGUGUCGAGCCCACGUCGCCGGCUGGAGACGUCACCGCGCCGCCGACACAAGCCACCGAGAUUGAGGAGCCUAAGGCCGGUCUACAAGCGCCAGACCCCCCAUCCCUGCCUACCGACGGAGCGCAGAAGCAUUCAUCCCUCACCGGGCAUGCCGGGCCGCUGCUCCAGCCUGUCUGCGGCGCGCAGGAGCCAUCGCUGUCCGCCGAUGGAGCGCAGCACCGGGAAAGCCGGGCCUGGCGCACAGGAGCCACCUCUGCCCGCCGACGGAGCGCAGAAGCCUUCAUCCCUCACCGGGAAAGCCGGACCUCUGCCCCAGCCUGCCUGCGGCGCGCAGGAGGCACCCCUGCCCAACAGUGGAGCGCAGAAGCAUUCAUCCCUCACAGGAGCCGGGUCUCCAUCCCAGUCCAACCAUGA